AAAGUUAAUUAACCCAUUAAUAAGUAUAUAAUAUUGUAUGGUAUUCGCGUGCGUUACACAACACUAUUAUACUUCGAACUCAUACAUGUAAAAUAUAUGGAAACCCAUUCUUUUGAGAAUUCGUUUUAGUUUUAUAAACAAAAAGUUUGCAUUAUCAUCAAACACUUUGCGUUGUUUUGCUUUUUGUUGUCGUUGCCGCCGUGCCGGGCUGCUAAAGCAUAAUUCAGUCGAAUUGGUUAAAUAAUUGUUUGCAUUCAUUGAAAAAGUGAAAUUUUUAAUUAAAAAACUAAUUAACAUAAUUUAUUAUUUCUAUAUGUUUGGAGAUUACUCGCAUUUUUAUCGUCGUUAUGGACAGUUCGAGUAAACCAGAAAGACAAAAUCCUAGACGUAAUGCCAACUUUUUCUCACAUUUAAUUUUUGCGUGGUCUAUACCACUUCUCUAUAAAGGCUCAAAAAAUGGCCUCAAUACAGAUGAUUUGACGCAAUGUCUACCGGAAGAUCGUUCAGAAGAUUUGGGUGACAAAUUAGAAAAACAAUGGUACAAUGAAGUAGAAAGAGCGCGUCGAAAAACAAAGCAACCAUUGUUGCGAAAUGCAAUCUUGCGAACUUUUUGGCCUUCUGCAAUUGUUGAUGGUUUGAUUUCUUUAAUUUACAUUAUUAUUAAAUCUCUUAUUCCAGCUGUAUUGGCACAGUUGCUGCUACAAUUUCAGAAAGCUGCGUCGUCUUCAAAUGAUAUUGUUAACGCAACACUGAUCGACACACAUAAUCGCAGUUUACGUUCGGUUGAGUUAAAUUUCAAUAAGGGUAAUUCUUUGUUAAGAUUUGUGCCAGAUAUCGAUCAAAAUGCACAUACAAAUUCUCUACUCGGAACUGACUCUAAACCUAUCAGCUUAAAUAUAAGUGAUAACCAAAUGUCUGCCCCAGCAUUAAAUGACACUUCUAAUGAUUUCUUCCUAUCGAUUUGGACAGAUGUCUACGCCCUUGGUGCUAUAUUGGUGCUGUCAACUUUACUGGGUUGCUUUUUAAUACAUCACGUGGACUUAAGACAGCGUCUUUUAGGAGCUCGUAUGCGUAUAGCCUGUUGUUCUUUAAUUUAUAGAAAAACACUUCACUUGUCCAUGAAAACGGCAGGACAGACACCUGCUGGUUAUCUUAUAAAUUUGCUCUCUAAUGAUGUUAACCGUUUGGAUUAUGGUUUUAUAUUUGUACACUGGAUAUGGAUAAUGCCACUACAGGCGGUGAUUAUUUGUUAUUUGAUUUGGUUGCGUAUUGGUAUAGCAGCUGUUGUUGGUGUUGUAGGCCUUUUAGUGAAAACUAUACCAGUACAAACGGGACUAAGCAAAUUGGCAUCUAAAUUACGUCUAAAAAUUGCUGAACGUACCGAUGCGCGAGUUGGUAUUAUGAACGAGCUGGUGCAAGGCAUACAGGUUAUAAAAAUGUAUGCCUGGGAGAAGCCAUUUCAAGCUGUAGUUGCUGAAGCUAGAAGACGUGAAAUAAAACAGAUUCGUUAUGCUUCCUUUUUGCGUGGUUUUUAUUUAAGUACAAUGGUGUUUACAGAGCGAUCCACCUUAUACAUUACCAUUGCAGCUGCAGUUCUAAUGGGGAAUAUGAUAUCUGCUGAUAUUGUGUUUUCAGCUGCGGGCUACUAUAACAUUUUGCAACUUGUAGCGGCAAUAUGGUAUCCAUUAGCCGUAUCUUUUGGCGCUGAAGCAUUAGUUUCUUUAAGACGUAUUCAAACAUUUUUAUUGUUAGAGGGGCAUGAUGAAAAGGCGCAUGGUAUUACACAUAAGACGGAUACAUUUGAAAGUAGAGACUCUACCUCCGUUGUACUUAAACAAAUUCACGCUAAUUGGGACUCAGCAAUGGCAAACACACAAGCAACGUUAAAAGAUAUUAAUUUAAAAAUUCAGAAAGGUCACUUAUGUGCAGUUAUUGGACCAGUAGGAGCUGGGAAGAGUUCUUUACUUCAGUUGUUGCUCGGAGAAUUACCUAUAAUUGAUGGUAAUGUGGUGUUACAAGGUGAUAUUUCGUAUGCUUCUCAAGAACCUUGGCUUUUCACUGGUACUGUACGCAAUAAUAUUUUAUUUGGUGAGAGCUACGAUCGUAAACGUUAUAAAGAAGUGACUAAAUGUUGCGCUCUAUCAACUGAUUUUCAACAACUGCACAACGGUGACAAAACUGUUGUUGGUGAACGAGGGGCUUCAUUGUCUGGUGGUCAGAGAGCUCGUAUAAGUUUAGCACGUGCUGUUUAUAAGCCUGCCUCCAUUUAUUUGCUAGAUGAUCCAUUGAGUGCUGUUGAUGCUCAUGUUGGUAGACAUUUAUUCGAUGAGGUUAUCGGGCCAAGAGGAAGAUUAGCAAAUGAAAAAGCUACACGCAUUCUUGUAACACAUCAAGUGCAUUUCCUUACUGAAGCAGAUUGGAUUGUUAUUAUUGAAAAUGGUCGCAUCUCAAGACAAGGCACCUAUAACGAGCUUGCAAGAUGCAGUGAUUUGGACUUUGCCAAAUUACUAGAACGGCCUAAAAGUGAAAAAAAUAGCGAAAGUGAAAAUGAAUCAUUAAACGAUCUGUCGAUAUAUGAAGGAGACGAUAUACCUUAUAUAGACGGAGUUAAUGAUGGCUAUCAACCAUUGCGUAAAGUUAGUUCAAAUGAUGAUUCCAUAAUGAAGAAAUCGCUAAAUUCUGAGCAAGAUUUAUCUAUUGAUGAUGAUAAUGCAGAAGACCAAGCUAAAGGUGGAGUUUCGGCACAUGUGUGGAAAGAAUAUUUUAGCGCCGGCAGUACAUUAAUCGGAUUUAGUUUCAUGGUGUUUAUAAUGCUUUUCUCUCAAAUCGUAUGCAGUGGUUCUGAUUACUUUGUUAAUAUUUGGACUGAACAAGAGUAUCUGCGUUCACAAAAUCAAACUACAACAUUAACUACAACAGAAUGUUUAUAUAUUUACGGUGCACUAAUAGUUGGAGUUGUAAUAAUGACUGUCUUCAGAGGUUAUCUUUUCUUUAAAGUUUGCAUGCAUGCUUCGAAAGUAUUACAUGAUCGUAUGUUUGGUUGUAUAUUGCAUGCUACAAUGAGAUUUUUCGACACAAAUCCAUCUGGUCGAAUUUUAAAUAGAUUCUCUAAAGAUAUGGGUGCUAUAGAUGAGUAUUUACCUAGGUCUAUGAUGGAUUUCAUACAAAUCGCACUUGUUAUGUUUGGUAUAUUAAUUGUUAUAGCAGUCGUUAAUCCUAUACUAUUGAUAGCAAUGUCCGUUGUGGCUUUUGUUGACUGGUUUAUAAUGAAAUUAUACAUUAGACCGUCACAAGACUUAAAACGAUUGGAAGGAAUUUGUCGCAGCCCAGUAUUUUCGCAUUUGUCAGCUUCAUUAUCCGGCAUUGCUACUAUCAGAGCACGCGAGUUACAAGAUGUGGUAGCAAGAGAAUUUGACAAUUUACAAGAUGUGCAUAGCGCUGUAUGGCAACUUACGAUGGCUAGUAAUACUGCUUUAGGACUUUGGUUGGACUGUGCUAGUUGUUGCUUCCUUACUUCUGUUACGUUUAGUUUUAUAAUGCUUAGUCAACAUACAUUUAGUGGAAAUGUGGGGCUUGCUAUAUCACAGGCUAUGAUAUUGACUGGUAUGGUACAAUAUGGUGUUCGUCAAAUCGCUGAAUCCUUACAGCAAAUGACUAGUGUUGAACGUGUACUGCAAUAUACUGAUUUAGAGCAAGAAUCUGAUAUAAAGAAAGAACCACCGAAAAUAUGGCCAACCCAUGGACAACUAGAAUUUAAGAAUAUGUCUUGCCGUUAUGAUCCAAAUGCUGCAGCUGUUCUUAAAAAUUUAAAUAUUUUAAUUCAGCCUGGUUGGAAAGUAGGAAUUGUAGGGCGUACAGGUGCAGGAAAAUCAUCCCUAAUAGGUGCACUAUUCAGAUUAGCAAAUAUUGAUGGCAACAUUUUUAUUGAUGGCAUAGAAACUGGUGAAAUAUCACUGGAAUCACUGCGUUCUAAAAUAUCAAUAAUACCACAAGAUCCGGUGCUGUUUUCUGCUACAUUACGUUAUAAUUUGGAUCCAUUUGAAAAAUAUUCCGAUGCUGAUAUAUGGCGCGCACUAGAAGAUGUUGAACUCAAAGGUGCUAUAGCUGGAUUAGAAUAUAUGGUUACGGAGCGUGGUAGUAAUUUCAGUGUUGGCCAGCGUCAACUCAUUUGUCUUGCUCGAGCCGUUUUGCGUAAUAAUAAAAUUUUAGUGUUAGAUGAAGCAACCGCUAAUGUAGAUCCACAAACUGAUGCGUUAAUACAGCGUACGAUACGUGUAAAAUUUAAAAAUUGCACUGUAUUAACAGUAGCACAUCGUCUACAUACCGUUAUGGAUUCGGAUCGUAUAUUAGUUAUGGAUGCCGGAUUAGCACGAGAAUUUGACAUUCCACAUGUGCUAUUAAAAUCAUCGAAUAGCUUUUUACGCCAUAUGGUUGAUGCAACAGGGAGCGAAGCAGAUGCUCUAAAAAAAAUUGCUAGUGAAACGUAUCAAAAAAAUAAAUUGCUACUUACUCAUAAAUAGUAUAGUUUGCAUUUAUAAACAUUGUGGUGCUUUAGCGUACACAAUACGUAUUUAAAAAUUGAAAUUAAUUUAUUAUUUAAGAUUCAUUAUA